CAGGGAAGAACUUGAGAAUGGCUGCAUGUUCUUUAUAUAGUGGGAAGUGAUAACACAAUAAAAUUGUUUACACAACAGUUAUUUUGUACAAGCAACAGUUACAGAACAUAAUAGCCUUGUGUUAGGGUGCAUACAUACCAGGAGUCUAUGAAAGGCAUUACAUCACAGUCCAACACAGAACAUAUCCCUUGAGACGUUUCAACAGGUCAACACAAAUUCUGCCACCACAGUUUGGAAGGGUGUUUUUUUUGUAGUUUUACAUUUGUUUUUUCUUUCCCCGUUUUGUAUCACAAAGUAUGAUUUUAUAUUAUAGUCCAGUUUGUGGCGGUAAUGAGGCAUAUUGGAUGCCAACCGCCGUUGAACUCCAAAGAAGAAGAAUCAGAAAUCUCCGGAAGAAAACGUCAUUUCCUGGUCUUGCAACUGACGUGUCUAAAACAGUGUUGGUGGAGGUAGCUUGACUUGGGAGGAAAUUUUUCAUCAGAUACUGUAUAUCUGAUUAGAUUUCCUUCUGGAGGCGAAGCCACUUAAAAUAUUCUUCCGAUCAGUUAUUUAUAGCGUUUUCCCCCCUUCCGUUUAACGUUUUUGUUUGUUUUCUUUACGUUGGUAUAUUAUUUCGUGUACGUGGUGUCAAGAUGCUGGAUUUCUUCACCAUCUUUAGUAAGGGGGGCAUAGUGUUGUGGUGUUUUCAGGGAACCGGUGUUACAGAGUCCUUCACCGGGCCUGUCAACGCGCUGAUCCGCUCCGUGAUCCUUCAGGAACGCAGUGGCAACAAUUCCUAUUCUCAUGAUGCCUUGAGUCUUAAGUACAAACUCGAUAAUGAGUUUGAGCUGGUUUUUGUGGUGGGUUUUCAAAAAAUCCUGACGCUGACGUAUGUUGACAAGUUCAUAGAUGACGUACAGCUCCACUUCAGGGAUCGCUAUAAGAACGAGCUGGAGCAAAAGGGGUCCCUUGCGCUGUUGAACAGCCAUUUUGCGUUUGAGGAUGACUUCAAAAUGCUUCUUCGUGAGGCGGAGGAGAGCAGCAAAGCUCGAGGUCCCACCUCCAUGAGAAGCUUCAAUGCUUCCCUGAAAUCCCAGAAAACUGUGAAGUCCAUGAUCGAGACGAAGGGAGGGGAUAAGGGCAAGGAACAGGGUGGCAAGAAGAAUAAGAAUGCCAAAAAAGAGGCUCCUGCUGCUGAGCCUGUGAAAGGGGAAAAAGCUAAGGCUCCAGCCAGUGCCCAGAAGACAGAAGAGAACGGUAACCAAGGUUUGACCCAGGAGGAGAUCAUUCAGAAGAAGAGAGAGGAGUUUAUCCGCAAGCGCAUGGGGGCACCUGUGGAGAAGCCCAGUAAGUCCCCCAAGCCUGCGAAGGAGAAACCCAAGGGGAAAGAGAAGCGGGUGUGGACCUUGGGUGGCAGCAGCACCAAAGAACUGGACUAUAGCCAGAGCAAUGGCAAUGGAGCCCAUGCUGCUGGAGACCAAGGCUUGGAUGCUCAAGCUGACCCGGGGAUGCAGCUGAGCUCGAUGAAGGGUGACUUGCUCGCCGUGGAUUACGAGUCCAGCGAGGGAGAUGAUGAGGAGGAGGAGGAAGAAGAUUCUGUGGAGAGGGUGGUAGUUGCUGACAUUAGCAAGAAAAUCCCCAAAAAGGGUGCUUUUGGAGGGAUGUUUGGGAUGCUGAAGGGCCUGGUGGGUUCUAAGAGUCUGAGCCAGGAGGACAUGGAGCCAGUUCUGGACAAGAUGAGGGACCACCUCAUCGCUAAGAAUGUAGCAGCCGAAAUUGCCUCCCAACUCUGUGACUCUGUAGCCAAGAAACUGGAGGGCAAAGUCAUGGGCACCUUCACCACUGUGGCCUCAACUGUAAAGGGGGCCCUGCAGGACUCCCUGGUCCAGAUCCUGCAGCCUAAGCGGCGUGUGGACAUCCUGAGAGAUGUCCUGGAGGCUCGUAGCCAGCGCAGGCCCUUCGUCAUCACCUUCUGUGGGGUCAACGGGGUCGGAAAGUCCACCAACCUGGCCAAGAUCUCUUUCUGGCUAAUCGAGAAUGGUUUCACCGUGCUGAUAGCAGCCUGUGACACAUUCCGUGCGGGGGCCGUGGAGCAGCUGCGUACCCACCAGCGCCGCCUUAACUCCCUGCACCCCCCUCAGGACCACGGGGGACGGCCCAUAGUGCAGCUUUAUGAGAAGGGCUACGGGAAGGACGCCGCUGGCAUCGCCAUGGAGGCUAUUGCCUAUGCCCGUAACCAGGCCUUUGAUGUGGUGCUGGUGGACACUGCUGGGCGGAUGCAGGACAACACCCCCCUGAUGACUGCUCUGGCCAAGCUGAUAGCUGUCAACAUGCCUGACCUGGUGCUGUUCGUGGGGGAAGCUCUAGUGGGCAACGAGGCUGUGGACCAGCUGGUGAAAUUUAACCAGGCGCUGGCUGAUCACUCCAUGUCUGAUAAGCCUCGUCUCAUCGACGGGAUCGUUCUCACCAAGUUUGACACCAUUGAUGACAAGGUUGGCGCUGCCAUCUCAAUGACCUACAUCACAGGCCAGCCCAUUGUGUUUGUGGGCACAGGGCAGACCUACAAUGACCUGCGGAGCCUCAACGCCCGUGCUGUUGUGGGCGCCCUCAUGAAGGCCUGAGUGGCUGCUGCCUGCAUCCGUGUUCAUCACUAUCGUGACAAAGCCAACUAAACACAGCGCUUUGAGAUGUCCGGUCCUGCUAACCCUGUCCUGUGGCUCACAUCCUAAUCCUCCACAUAGCACCAAAUGCAAAACACACAAGCUUCCUCCCAACUCCAUCUGGGAAAGGGGUGGUGGGUGUUGACUUUUAAGUAAGCGUGCGUCUCUUGCUGUAAACGGUUGGGCCAAAUUCAAAAGUACCUCAAUUUUGCUUUAAAGUUCGAGACACAUUUCCUGACUUUUUAUCUGAUCAAAUAGAGAAUAUUUAUUUGUCCUCACUCACAGGUUACUCAUUGUCAAAUUCACUUCCUGGCAUUUGGUGUCUGUUUUCCCCCUUCACUUCAACGAGAACAUGUCAGUUAUGAAGGCUUGCUGGAUGCGACACGUUUCAGCAGCCGCCCCGUUCCCGAGGAAAGCUUAGUGACCAUAGUGCCUAUCCUAUCCGUUUCCCUGAAGCAUCACCACCACAACCCAGUAACUACCUUCUGUUUCUAGCUCUCUGGAUGGACUGCUAUAACCCCCAUCCCGAUGCUCCCUUCUUCCUCUGCAAUUAGACUUGAAUGAUCCUUCAGUUUGUGGUCGAGUUGAAAAAAAUAACUUAAGACAUUUUUUGGGGUUGUCCUCCAGGGUCUACAACUGGAGCACUAGGCCUUGACUUUAGCUUUUUCAAUUUCUUCCCCUUUGUCAUUUUGAAAACAAAUACAAGUCUUACAUUUUUCCAGUCCCUUUUAAUUUGCAGUAGUGCAAUGAGAAUCAAGAGUUGUAUAGAUUUGUCAGUUGAAUGUAAACAUUUCUAAAUAAAGCUGCUAUGAUGGCAUGGAACAACA